GCGAAACGAACUUACCAAUUCGAAAUUUGUAAGGACUGACACUUGGAAGUGAGUUGCAAGAAGAGAGAAUUUGUCGCAUAGAAAUCAGCUGAUAUUGUAUUUUUUGUGAUUGACUGAGAAUAAUAAGUAUUCCGUUGCAUUAAAGGAUCCGACAUUUAGCUAUAUCCAAACUGAAAUGGCAGACAAACUAAGAUUCAUAACAUAUUUGUCUCCUGGAAUACCAGUGCAAUUAUUUGAAACAAUUAUGCACUACCUCGAGGAGGUAACAGGGAACCAGACAUACUUAAUCCAUGAGUCCAGAUGGAGUGGUCCCCCCUUAGACAGAGAAGAUCCUUUCACAGCAAAUGAUGCAGAUAUUGGAUUUAUGUGUUCACCAGGAUUUCUGAGACUUGUAAAGGAGAAAAAAGAAGUAGAACUUUGCCAAGCUGCACCAGUAUAUAACCAUGUUAGAGGAGAGCAAAAACCUGUUUAUUUCUCUGAUGUUAUAACAGUCAAUGAUGAUAGUGGUACAAAACAGGAAUUUAAAGAAUUCACUGAUUUAAAAGGGUUUUCCUUUGCAUUCAAUGAACCAAUGUCAUUAAGUGGUACUCUGAUAGUGUUAGGAGAGCUGAAGAAAAGAGGAUAUAAUUCCACGUUCUUUGGGAAUACUCUGCAAUCAGGAUGCCAUAGAAAUUCAAUCAAGAUGGUGUUAGAUAGGAAGGCAGACAUUGCAGCUAUAGACUCAAACACCUUACAUUAUUAUUUACAAGAACAUCCUGAAGGGAAGGACAAGAUCAAAGUUCUGACAUCAUUUGGCCCUCUACCUAUUCAUCCUAUAGUAUUUAAUAAAAGAUUACCAGCUGAUUUAAAGAAAAAAAUAACAGAUGCUUUGUUAGAUAUACACAACAAACCAGAGUGGAUGAAUAAACUGAGAGAAUAUAAUAUAUUCAAAUUUGUUGCUGUAGAUAUGUCCCAUUAUGACAUGGAAAUUAAUCUCUUAGAUGCUGUCAAAAAUCUAAAAAUAGCUUCAGCUUAUUAUUAGUGUAAAUUAUUUACCAGUACACUCACUGCUGUUGAUUAUUAAUUGUUUUAUGACACAUAAAUUCAGCUUACUAUUAGUAUACAUUAUUUACACUUACUGCUGUUGGUUAUCAUGGUUAUACAUUGUUUUAUGACACGUUAAUUCAGAUAUAUGUUAAAACUGGGCAAAAUUACUAAAGUGGAAUUAAAUAAUUUUUUAAAUGAUUGACUUUUUAUUGACCAAAAUAUGUUGUAUUUUUCUAAGACUUUUUUGUUUCAUCAUAUGUUAUUUUGAACAUUCCUGUACAAUACUUUAAUACAAAAUCAGCAGAAAAAAUUGAAUAUACAGUACACACAUGGUAAUUCAGUAACAAAUCACUUCUGUGGUAAAUCAGUAACAAAUCACUUCUGCUAGUGUUGAGUGAUUGCUGGUGAUUGAAGGUGAUAAUGGUCUGGAUUACAAACUUGUUAUUAUAGUUUACUGGGAUAUACAGAAAAACAUUACGGAUUGAAUCACCAGCAGUCAUUGUGAAAAAUCACUUCCAAGAGUGAUUUUUAACUGAAUCCAAUUGCGAGUACUGUGGAUUCAUUUAUUUUUGUGGAUACCAAAUUGAUUGGAAAAAUUCUGUUUUGGUUGAUAUUUUUUUUACUUGUUUUGCCAACAUCUGCAUACAAGCUUAUGUAUUUCAUUGAAUAUUUAUGGUUCACCAUUACCCAUGAAAUUCACAAAAUUUGGUAUCCAACGAGUAUUAAUGAAUCCACCAUAGUGUAACACUUACAUAAGGGGUAACCAGAAUUAAUAUACACAUGUAUAUUUUAAUAUAUUAUUUUUUUCUGAAUCAAGUUGUUAAUAAGCUGUAUCUGUUGUAAAUCAGCUGUUAUGUAUUUUUUGUUGUUUGUAUUUUUUCUAACCAGUAUUAUAUCUUUUUCUAUUGACAAAGGUGCAAUAUCACCAUAAAAGGUUUGGUAUAUGAAUUAUUAGCUUACUAUUUUAAUUUAUAUUUAUUCCAAGCAUAUUUAACCUGAUUUAAUUAGGAUCUUAAUAAUAUAUUGAAUUAAGGAAUCUAGUGUGAGGUUGAAAUGAUAUAAGCUUUUGUUACUGACAAGUUGCUUCUGAAUAUGAUCCUACAUCCAUUUUUUUAUUGAAGGAACUUUUUUUUACAGUUUUUACUAGGCGAGUCCAUGACUCCUGAACUCAUGGAAAUCUGUCUGGACUUACAGAGUUCUCGAAAUCUGUUUUUCCCUGGUGGUCCUUGAAGAAAAUCUGCUGGUCCUAACUAUUAUUUCUACUACCAAAUACAAAAAUUGUGUCUGUCCUUUGCAAAAUUUGGUGGUCAAAACCUUCGGACCACCAUUUUUCUAGAACUCUCCACUUAUCAUUUUGAAAACUGGUGAGAUAAAAAGUUCAUCAGGAUUGUAAAAUGUUGUCUCAACUGAGCACAUAUAUCAUCAUUUUAUAACAAGUAUUUAAAAAUAAUCUAAAUUUGAUGUCAUUUCCAUGCUCUACUCUGUCAUGUAGACUGAAAUAAUCAAUUAUAUAGCAAUAAAAUUUCCUCUUCUCCUUGUUGGACUCACCAUGGCCAAAUAAUGAUGAGUCCCUGGACUUGCCUUUAAAAACCUUUAGUGAGAACCCCGAGUUAAAACCAAACUUGUUUCUAUUCUAAGAUAAUUAAACAAUAGUUAAAGUGUGUCACUGUAGGCUGUCAUAAUGUUAGAAAAAUGUAAGCAUGUUUUGUCAAAUCAAAUUCUGUUUUACUCUCUAUAUAUAAACCUAAUUAAAUAUACAGUUUACAUCAUUUAACAUAAUUUUACAGUAAUCCUUAAAUAAAGCCAACCCUUCAACAGGGGAAAUGUAGUAUUAUGAAAGUGAUGACCCCUGAUAGAGUUUAUUUACAAAACAAAUCUGCUGAUGUAUACAAUAAAAAGGCAUGCAUUAGAGAAGAGGGGUAUUUCAAGAGAUAAUCUCAUAUAUACUGCCAAAAUUGCUUAAGUCUGAGGUUGUUUCUUGAUUAGUUAUGUCAAAUUUUGCACAUUUACCAAUUUAUUGGAACAUUAAAUUCACCAAAUACUAAAUAAAGUACAAAUUUCAAUACUACAAGUUUCUAAAUGACAAGAUCUUUGACAUUAUACUGGUGUUACAGAUAUUUAUUUGCUAAGAAAUUUUUGGGAUUUGUGAUGGAAUAUUUAAUUUUAUACUUGUAAUAUAAUGGAAGAUUAUUCGAUAUUAAUGUCUUUUAUGAAUUUGUUUCAUAAAUUUUGACCAAUCAUACUUUCAACUCAGAUUUUUUUGCCUAGUAGAAGUAGAGUUGUACUGUAAAUUCGGAAAUUAUUGCGAUAUUUUUAUAAUUGUGAAAAAUUCGACAGGGUUGUAAUCGCAAUAAUUUAAACUCGCAUGUUGGAUUUUUUUGUAUGAAUGAAGCGGGAUUUUUGUCAGUAUCACAAAAAUAAUAAUCGCAUAUUUGGUCUAAAAUGACAAAAUCACAAUAAUAAAUGAAUACAAUAAUUUCUGAAUUUACAGUAUUAUAUUGUGAUAUAAUCUUUCACAUAUUGAUAUUUUUAAUGGGGAUUUUGUUAAAGAGAUAGAUCAGAUACAUAUUUUGUUCUAAUUGUUAUUUUUUAUAUUAAUGUUAUAAAUUGUUAUAUAAUUGUGAUAUCUAAACUGUUUCCUUCUAUCUGUUAAAAUUUGUGUACUGUCAACAGAUUUCCAUUUUUUCAUAUUUAUUUAUCCAAUUGUUUUGCACUUAAUUUUUGACAAUCUUUUGCAUUCAUGAUUUUUGUUGUAUCCAUGCAAAGUUAGUUGUUUUAUAGACAAAAAAAUCAUAUCAUCAUAAACACAGAUAAUAUCCAAAUACAAGUGAACAAAUAUUGAACUUAAAUUUAGAUUUAAAAUUAAAAAAAAUCCUAUAUUUGUGGUUUCUUGAUGAUAAAUGAGAAAGGACUUUUUGAUAUUGAUUGAAAUUUUGAUGGAAAGAUUUGGAUCACUAAACAGAAGCUUUUUUUCUCAAAACUUUAAAAAAAAAUUAACCAGAGUUAUACCCCUUUAUAAUAUGAAUUUAUUUUUUAUUCCUUUCAAAAUUGAAAUAAAUACGAGCAAUUCUUGUCUAAACAUCAGCAUUCAGGUGAGCACCUGACUCAAAUAAAUAAAGAAAAGACAACAUUCAGGGAAGAUCUGUUUUUUUCAUUUUAUAGCCCUUUGAACUAUGGCAAAAAUAUCAAAUCUUAUAAAAUUCCACAGUAUGCUGCUACAGAAACAAAAUCAUGAUCUCUCAGUUGCUACAGACAAGGGUAUCUGUGAUCACUGGAUUCACGCUCUAGUUUCAAUGAUUUUUGUUUUUUUAGAUGUUUUACAUACAUAUCAGAGGGUUAACUGUAUUUAAGACGAACAGGAAAACUAAAAAGCCUUCUAUUUUAAUAUGUUUAGCUUUGACUACAUGUCUGUCUCUCACACUGUUUACCAGAAGGUGUAAAAGAUAGCAAUUUCAUGUUCUCAGGUACAGGCAAUAUGGCAAUAUACUUAAUUCUGUUCAAAUGUAUUUGUUUCAUAAUCAUAUUUUACUUUUGACAAGUUGGGUAAAUUUAAUCAAAGAAGUAUUAAAAUUUUGCUAGUCAUGCUGAUUUAAUAUAAAUAUACAAAUGAGUUAAUGUUGAGAAGUUUUUUAGCAAGAUUUUUCUGAACCCAAUUCAUUAUUCGUUUAGAAUGUUAUGAGUGAGGUAAAAAAGGAACAAAUAUUGUUAUUUCAGGUUUGUUGUUAUGGUGUUCGAUUGGUAUUGUUUUAUAUAUAUAUAUAUAUAUACAUGUAUAUCUUAUAGGUGCAUGCUGGUCAUAAGUUUACUGAAUAAAUUUUUAAUUUCAGAAUUAUAUAGUACCUGCUUAUCCUGGUUAAAUAUUUUUUCUAUCUUAAAAAAAAUGUACAAUUUAGAUCUUGACAUAUUCGAUAUCAUUUAUUAUUGAAGACUGUAUGUUGCUUUUUGAUUAUUUAAGUAGCUGGGUUGCUGUCUCAUUGACUUAUGCCCCACAUCUACUAUUUGUAAAACCAAUCAACAUCGUACAAAAAUGAAACAAUCAGUUCCUACAAAAUUUAAAAUAAAUGAGAAAUUUAUUAAUUACAAAUUUGUUUAACUUUAAUUUGAAAUUUCUAUUUAUUCAGUAUAUAUAUUUGAUCUAUACAUUCCUGUAUAAAUUGUUGGAACACAAGAUGAAUGAAAAAUAUUUUCAUGAUUAUAUUAUAUUUAUUUAUAUGAUAAUAAAAAAAUACUAAAAUA